AUGUCUAUUGUUUUAUGGGAAUUGGCAUCUUUUAUGAUGGAUACCUUUUCUAAAAAGAAAAACGCGUAUAUUCCAGAUUCAGAGGGAGAAGAAGAUUCUUCUUGUCUUGGGACGAUACAUUGUGAUAAUGUUUAUUCACAUAGGUUAAAUAGUAAAAAUAUGUCUUAUGAAGUGGAAACAGAUCUCAUAGAUGUUAUUUCCACUACAAGGCAUGAGAAUUCAUCUAUUGUUGUUAGUGAUGACUCUGUUUUAAAAAUUAUGAACUGUAAAAAUGGUGAUAAGGAACGUAUUUCUAAAAAAGGUGCAAAAUAUAAGGAUUCUGAAAGAUCAUUAUCUCCAUUUAGUGAAAAUAAUUCAAGAAAUAUGGAUUCUGAAACUGAUAUGUAUCCUAUGAUAAAUACAAAUGAAAGUGAUGAUGAAAUACAGUUAUUAGGAAAAUCUAAUCAAAAUAAAAUUGGUAUUGAUAAAGAUAUAAAAAAAGAAUCUAUAUUAUCUUUAGAAGAGGGGGUUUUUGAUAAGGAUGUUCAAAUGUCUCAAUUAUAUCAACAGGAAAAACCAGAAAUUCAAUUACUUUCUCUUGCUGCAUGCAUCAAUAUAGAUUCUUUGGAUGAAAACAAAUAUAAAUGCGAUACUAAUAAAAAUAAAUCAAUUUUAUCUAAAGAGAAUGAGUCUGAUUUUAAUUUAAAACAUUUAUUGUCUAAAGAAACAAAAGCAAAGAAAUUUAGGAGGAGUAAAACAGCAAAAGAUGUUUUAAAAGAAGAUAAAAACAUAAAAAUAAAGAGAUAUUCAUCUCUUGAUUCAUACGAGGAUCAUAUGACCACUAUAAAUGAUACUCCGCUUGAUAAAAAUAGUGAAUUUGAAAACCGAUUAUUUAAAACAGUUCCCGAUGAAAAUACUUUAGAUUUUAAUAAAUCUUUCCCAACUGAAGAUUUUGAUUGUCAUUGUUCGGGUUUUAAUGCAGGGGAGCUGAGUCCUUCUAAUUAUGAUUCGAUCUCAAAUGAUAAUUUUGCAGAAAUCGAUUUAAUUAUUUCAGAAAAGUCUAAAUACAAAGUUCAAAACUUAAAGAAACCUAAGAAAAAUAUUGAAUUAAAUGCUAAAAAAAGUCCGAAAAUAUUACGAUCUUGUGAAUCAAAUUUGUUAUCAAAAAUAGAAGAUAUAAAAAAAAAAGAUAUAGAAAAUGCAGAUAUGGAUCUAUUAAAUUCUGAAAAUAAAAUAAAGGAUUACUCAAAAUUUAAUAAUGAAAAACCAAUGUCAUUUGCUGAAACACCUGAUAUAACAAAUUCAUCUACUUCUAUGGAAACUUUAUCGGUAUUAAAAGAAUCUACUCAAAAAAACGUUAUAACAAAGCUGUAUUAUCGUGUUGGACUUUCUAAAAAGGCAAAAAUAGAAUCUUUGCAUUCCUAUCUUAAAAGGUAA